AUGAAAAUUUGGGAAAGAGUUAUAGAAGCAAGAUCACGCAAGGAGACUGUGGUGUGUGAAGAACAGUUUGGGUUCAUGCCAGGAAGAGGAACGACUGAUGCAACACAUGCUUUAAGGCGGAUAGUGGAGAGACACGGGGAGCUACAAGCAGAUCUACAUAUGGCUUUCAUUGAUUUGGAGAAAGCAUAUGACAGAGUCCCAAGGGACGAAAUAUGGAGAAGCAUAAGAGAGCAGUGCGUGCCAGAGAAGCAUGUGAGGGUAGUGAAGGAAAUGUACAGAGGAGCAAUGAGACAGGUGAGAAGUAGUGUGGGCAUGACAAAGGAGUUUCUAGUAAAAGUAUGGUUACAUCAAGGGUCUGCGCUUAGUCCCUACAUCUUUGACCUGAUUAUGGAUGUGCUGGUGAAAGAUGUGAAGAAGGAAGCGCCGUGGAAUAUGAUGUUUGCGGAUUAUGUGGUUCUUUGUGAGCAAAGCAUAGACGAACUUGAGGAAAAGCUGGAGGAUUGGAGGAAGGCACUAGAAGAAAGAGGGAUGAAAAUUUGCAGGACAAAGUCAGAAUAUUUAGCACUGAAGGAUGUCCAGAUGAGGUCUUGCAAGAUCCAGGAUGAUGAGCUGAAAUCGGUCUGCAAAUUUAAAUACCUGGGGUCGUACAUACAGAGGGACGGAGGACUGGAAAGCAAGAUACAACACCGUAAAAAUUACGGUUGGAACAACUGGAGGAAAAUUAUUGGAAUGUUGUGUGACAAGAAGGUGAGCACUGGGUUGAAAGGGAAAGUGUACAAGUCAGUGGUAAGGCCUGGUAUGAUAUACGGGGGCAGAGACGUGGCCAAUCACAGUAGCCCAGGAAAGGAAGAUGGAAGUGGCGGAAAUGAGGAUUCUGAGGUGAAUGUGUGGGGUAAGAAGGAAGGACAGGAUUAG